AUGUCAGGAUCAGAUCUGAGCAUCUGUCCAAAAAGAAGAGCGUCAGCAGGCCGUCUGCUGCAGAUACCACUGGGACAGGUAGGGCUGAAAUGUCUGGAUGAGGUGUGCUUUAAGAUCCCCCUUGGCUUUCUUGAGGAUGCAGAGGAAGAAUUCGAGCUCAUCCCAGCUCCAGAAUUCCCUCUGCCUGACUACCUGAAGAUACUGCAGGAAACUGAGAUUUUCUCAGUAUUGUGUUUCCUGCCCUCGUCUCUCAAGGGUACUGUGAGCUUGAGGCACUGUUGUUGUUUUUUCCAGGCCCAGGACUCAUUCUCCCCCCCGGCCCCAUCGCGGCCGCUCAGUUCCCACGCUGCCGUCCUGGACUCGUCGGUCGAGCUGCUCUCCGCUCUCAGCCCAGAGGAGAGGGAGCUGCUGGUGGCAGUGACUGAGCGGGGCUACCCUCUCCGUACGGCCAUCAUCACCCUUCAGAAAACUGGCCGGCAGAGUCCAGAGCAGAUCAUGAGGUAUCUGGUAGCGUGUGAUCGGUUAUGUGAACUCGGUUAUGAUGAAGCUCAGGUUGAAGAAGCACUUGAGAUGUUUCAGAACUGUGAGACGAAGGCUGAGGAAUUCCUUCGCCUUCUUGCUCAGUUUCAUGAAAUGGGCUUCCAGCAGAACGCCAUUAAGGAGGUUCUUCUGGUGCACGAGAACCACAGAGAGCGAGCGCUGGAGGAGCUCAUGACCCGCGUGGCCUGAUGCAGUCUGUAUUAUGAUGCAAUGAAUUGGCUGCGAUCAUGGUUUGUGCUAUUCACCGGGCUCAUAUAGCUGAUGCUUUUUUAUCAUAUGUGACCCUGGACCACAAAGCCAGUCUUAAGUCGCUGGGGUAUAUUUGUAGCAAAAGUCAAAUAUAAAUUGUAUGGGUCAAAAUUAGAGAUUCUUUUUUUAUGACAAAAAAGUAAAGAUCGUGUUCCAUGAAGGUAUUUUGUAAAUUUCCUACCAUUAAUUUAUCAAAACGUAAUUUUUGAUUAGUAAUAUGCAUUGCUAAGACUUCAUUUGGACAACUUUAAAAGGCGAUUUUCUCAGUAUUUCCACUCCAGUUUUUCAAAUAGUUGUAUCUCGACCGUUUCUUGUCCGAUACUAUCAAACUAUACAUCAAUGAAAAGCUUAUUUAUUCAGCUUCUGGAUGAUUUAGAAAUUGUAAUUUUGAAAAUGUAAUACUUUUAAGACUGGUUUUGUGGUCCAGGGUCACAUAUGCUGAAUUAUGUUUAUGCAUUGCUCAUUCUACACAUGUGUUGAGGCCUUGGGGACGAGCACAGUUUGACAGCCGACACCAAAGAUUGACUCUGUAACAUCGUCAAAUGUUUUACAUGGCAAUCAAACUUCUGUUGCAUUAUUUUUGUGCUUUAUUUGAAAUGUAAACC